AUGGACAUUCGUAUUUCUAAACGGUGUCGCGUGCCGUUCUCUAUCGGCCUCAAUUACAAAGAUUUGGUGUGUUGCGACGUCGUGCCUAUGGAUGCAUGUCAUCUCCUUUUGGGGCAUCCCUGGCAUUUCGAUCGUCGAACUAUUCACGAUAGGUUCAAGAAUACCCAUAGUUUUACUUAUGAAGGUCGGUGUAUUACUCUGCUUCCAUCACAAACUGCAACUGAGCCCCUCGUGCAGAGCAAGGAACUCGAGUCUCCUCCUGUUUCGGUGGACACUCCCAAACCAGCUUUAUUGAUUUCAAAGGCUGAGCUUCUUGACGAGUGCAGAGCGACAGAUGUUGUUUUUCUUCUGUGUCUCAAACCGCAACUCCUAUCAGUAAUCUCUGAAGCUCCUUCCAGUUUUCAUGCGUUAUUAACAGAGUUUCAGGAUGUGUUUUCAACAGAGUUACCGGAUGGUUUGCCUCCUUUGCGUAAUAUCCAGCACUGCAUCGAUCUACCUCCUGAUUCCGUUUUGCCUAACCGUCCUCACUAUCGCAUGAGUCCAAGGGAACAUGAUGAAUUGCAAAAACCGGUGGAAGAUCUCCUUGCCAAGGGUUACAUACGUGAGAGCUCAGCACUUGUGCUGUUUUGGCGUUGCUAA